UUUGUGUGUUACAGAGCUUCAGGAGAGAUGUGAGGGCCAAGGGCCCGGUGGUUAACGGGGCUCUGGACCAGGUUCAGAUCUUCCUGUCUGAGCUGCCUGCUGAGAGGGAGCCACAGCUUCUCCAGAGAGACAUCAGUCCAGAGGAGCGUGCCCAGAACGUGGGGCGUGUCUUGCGAAAGGAGGCGGAGGAUGUGGCGUCCGGGUGGGAGGGGCUUAACGAGGAGGCUGCUGAUUGGCAGAGGAGGCUGGAGCUGGCUCUGGAUAGGCUGUUGGAGCUUCAGAAGGCCCAGGACCAGCUGGAGCUGAGGCUGAGCCAGGCUGAGAUGGUGAAGGAGGCCUGGGAGCCUGUAGGAGACCUGCUCAUAGACUCACUACCUGAACACAUCGACAGGGUCAAGGCGUUCCAGGCAGAGAUAGCUCCUAUCAAAGACGAUGUGAGUCACGUCAACAACCUGGCCUCUACCUUCGGCCCUCCGGACCUCGUCCUCUCACGACCCAACCUGGACAGACUGGAUGACCUCAACACACGCUGGAGGAUGCUACAGGUUUCCAUGGGAACGUGUAAAAAGUCAGGGGGUGGCAUGGCGAUGGAUGAGUUGGGGGAAGAGUCUGAGAUCUCCAUCAAAGAUCAUCUGAAGCAGCUGACAGAUGCUCAGAGGGAUUUUGGCUCUCUGCAGGGUUCUGUUCAAGGUCCAUUUGAGCAGGCGGUCUCACCAAAUAACGUGCCCUACUACAUCAAAGAGAAAACACCAGAAGUCCUGGCCCAGACCAUCUAUGACCACCAGACACAGACAACAUGCUGGGACCAUCCCAAGAUGGCCGACCUCUACCAGUCUCUGGCCGACCUGAACAACGUGCGUUUCUCAGCCUACCGGACAGCCAUGAAGCUGAGGCGCCUGCAGAAAGCUCUCUGUCUGGACCUCCUGGGUAUGCCCGCAGCGUGUGAGGUCUUUGAGCAACAUGGCCUGAAGCAGAAUGAGCAGCUGAUGGACAUCAUGCAGGUGAUGACGUGUCUGACCAGCCUCUAUGAGAAACUGGACCAGCAGCAUGGGAACCUGGUCAACGUCCCGCUGUGUGUCGACAUGUGUCUCAACUGGCUACUCAAUGUUUACGACACAGGAAGAAGUGGAAAAAUCAGAACUCUGUCCUUCAAAACCGGCAUCAUCUCACUCUGCAAAGCACACCUGGAGGACAAAUACAGAUUCCUGUUCCGCCAGGUAGCCAGUGCUACAGGGUUCUGUGACCAGCGGAGGCUGGGUCUUCUCCUCCAUGAUUCCAUCCAGAUCCCCCGUCAGCUGGGAGAGGUGGCCUCCUUCGGGGGCUCCAACAUCGAGCCCAGCGUCCGCAGCUGCUUCCAGUUUGCCAAUAACAAGCCAGAGCUGGAAGCUGCUAUGUUCCUGGACUGGAUGCGUCUGGAGCCUCAGUCGAUGGUGUGGCUGCCUGUAUUACACCGUGUGGCGGCUGCUGAGACAGCCAAACACCAGGCCAAGUGUAACAUCUGCAAGGAGUGUCCUAUCAUCGGCUUCAGGUACCGAAGCUUAAAGCAUUUUAACUAUGACAUCUGCCAAAGCUGCUUCUUCUCUGGUCGUGUGGCUAAGGGACACAAGAUGCAAUACCCCAUGGUCGAGUACUGUACACCGACUACGUCAGGGGAGGAUGUGAGGGACUUUGCCAAGGUACUGAAAAACAAAUUCAGGACCAAACGAUACUUCGCCAAGCACCCCCGUAUGGGCUACCUCCCUGUGCAGACCAUCCUGGAGGGGGACAACCUGGAGACUCCUGUAACUCUGAUCAACUUCUGGCCGGUAGAUCAUGCGCCUGCGUCCUCCCCCCAGCUUUCCCAUGACGACACCCAUUCACGCAUCGAGCAUUACGCCAGCCGGUUAGCUGAAAUGGAGAACCGUAAUGGAUCUUAUCUGAAUGACAGUAUCUCACCCAAUGAGAGCAUUGAUGAUGAACACCUGUUGAUUCAGCACUACUGUCAGAGUCUGAACCAGGGCUCUCCCCUCAGCCAGCCACGCAGCCCCGCCCAGAUCCUCAUCUCCAUGGAGAGUGAGGAAAAGGGGGAGCUGGAGCGGGUGCUCAACGACCUGGAGUCAGACAACAGGAAGCUACAGGCUGAGUAUGACAAGUUGAAGAAGGCCCACGACCACAAGGGUCUGUCCCCGCUCCCCUCACCCCCGGAGAUGCUGCCCGCUUCGCCCCAGAGCCCCCGGGACGCCGAGCUGAUCGCCGAGGCCAAACUGCUGAGGCAGCACAAAGGACGGCUGGAGGCUCGCAUGCAGAUCCUGGAGGACCAUAACAAACAACUGGAGUCACAGCUACACCGGCUCAGACAGCUACUGGAACAGACUGACUCCAAGGUGAACGGUACAGCCCUGUCCUCUCCCUCCACCUCGUCCCAGCGCUCGGACACCAGUCUGCCUCUGAUGCGUGUAGCAGGCAGCCAGACUACAGAGACUAUGGGUGACGAUGAGCUGUCGAGUCCAUCCCAAGAUGCAUUGGGGCUAGAGGAGGUGAUGGAGCAACUAAACAACUCCUUCCCACACAGCCAAGGACUGAGUGUAGGCAGUCUGUUCCACAUGGCAGAUGACCUGGGUCGAGCCAUGGAGUCAUUGGUCAACGUGAUGACGGACGAACAGAACGGCGAGUAGCAGCAGACGAGGGCCCGCCCCUUACCCACUCCCCAACCAACCCCCCGCAUGCUUUUCUAGUCAAAACAACUGGAUUGGACACGUUUACAAAGAGAAAAAUACAUAUAUUUUUGUGAAGGAUCAGCAUUACAAAACUUGUAGAUUUCAGUAGUUUCUUAAACGUAUUGAAAAUGGUUUUAUUAACAAAAGGCAGGUUUUUAAACUUCUAUGCAAUUGUAUAAAAAAAAAUAAGAGAAAGAAAAAGUAUGUGUAAAUCUUGUGAACGUAUUUCCAUGUCUUUGUAUGGAGCGCAUUUCACAACAUUUGUAUCAAAAAGAAAGAUUGUAAACAUAAGGGUGCUUUAUAUUACAAAACUAUGUUUAUUAUAACAACAAAACAUGAUAUACUGUAAAGGCAAUGCAGUCGUCCUGUGCCCUUUCAGCGUAGAGAGACUGACUGUGUGUAUGUAUGCACGUUUGUGUGUGUCUUGGUACGCAAGGAUGUGUGUGUGUGUGUGUGUGUGACGUGUGUGAAGGUAAUCUAUUUUCCACAUUGCAUUAUAGCUUUUGCUUUGGGCUGAUGCACCUCUUGUUGUUUAUCAAACCAUCCAUCCAUCCAUAGGUCAUAGGUCAUCUUUUUCUUUAGUAGUGUCUGUUUGAUGAUCAUAAUAUGAUUCUAUGCCCUUUGCCUGCAUUCACCGCAGCUCUGGUCCACUCCUAUGUGUUGAAUCUACCAUGAGGACCCAUAGAGCACAUACUGAAAGGGCCAAUCUGGGAUAUUAACAGCCGUUAUUGUUGUUUUUCAAAUUAAGGAUUGGGCCUUUAACACUGACAGAAAGAAAGUAAUAGUGCUGUUUUAAUAGCUAUUCAUAGUGCUUUUGUAGGAUUAUGGAAUUUAAUUUAAUACCAUUUAAAAUAGAGCUACGGUACAGUGUGACAUUCAGCUGUUUGUAAUCCUGAGAUGAUUUUAUUGAUUUGAAAUCUAUUUGAUUUGAUCUGAGUUCUCUCCUAGUGUGAUUGGGAGUGUUUUAAGAUACAAGUGUAUGAUUCUAGAACGCCCGGUAAUGCAAGCUCUACCUCGUUUUAAGUGGUCAAAACCCAACUUUCACAUUCUUUUUCAUUCUGAUCCAUCCCCUAUUUCCCUUCCUAAGAAGGUGCAGAAAAUAUUCUACUGUAGCUAGAUGCCAUCUUAAAGAAUCCAUCCAUGUUUUGAAAUGGAGGAGUGACUCCCUCCAGAUACGUACACUGUAGUGUCCUCAGCAUAGCUGGAUGCCAUCUUAAAGAACCCAUCCAUGUUUUGAAAUGGAAUGACUCCCUCCAAUCUGAAUGUGUUCAGAUACAGACACUGUACUGUCCUCAGCGGUUCAUUAAGACAUAGAAAUGAAAUGUCAGACAUGUUAAGGAAACUGGACCAGGGUGCACUACUGUUAUCCAUCCUGGACAGACUAGAGUUGAUCUUCUGUGUGAUAAUGCAUUUGUUUUGUUUCAUUUGUGUGUUCCUUUAUGGAAUUGCAUGCUGUGGGGCGUCAGUGUGUGUGAGAUCACAGUUGAUUAAAUAUUCCCAUGCUUAUUUAAAAUCCAACCAAUUGAAGGUAUUCUUUAUGAUUAUAUUAUAGUUUCAUGACAACACCUUUGUAUUUGUUUUUGCACCAUGGUAUAGCAGCAUGAUCAAAGAUAAUGAUUCAUUAAUCCAAUACACUGCGUUAUUCAUUUCUAACCCUGGAGUUGUAUUAUCCAUCUUUUUCAAUAACUCAUUUGUUUCACAACAUAUCAAAUUCCACCAAAUAUAUGCCUUACUACUGUAUUAUAAAAUGCUUUACUGUGUCUAUCAAUAAAGCGGUGAUGUUGACUUGA